CCACCAUGCAGAAAAUAAGUAUUUUUCUGUUGGUUUCGGCUUCCUAUUUUUCGUCAACUAUUCUUGGACAGAACUUUUUUGGUUCAGAAAACACAAUAGGAGAUGUGCUAGGGCGUCAACUAAGUGAAGGGAGCGCAGUUACGCCCACUGCAACUGUUUUGCCCGCAACCCAAACCGUGCAAAAUCCUCUAGGUAGGGUACAAUCUACAAGCAAUGUAUUUUCGCCUUUAGGAAGAAAUGGACUUUGGACCUACGAUCCAUAUCGAUUCUCAUCUUGGAAUCCGAGGUUUGGUGGACUUUAUGAUAAUGAUUAUGAUGAUUAUUUUGACAAUAGGUUUAAUAGAUUCUCAAACAGAUACUCCGGACGUGGACUUCGACGUUAUCUACGAAAUUUGAGAAGGAGGUCAAACCGAUUUGAUUCUGAUGAAUCCGGAGAGAGAAGGAAUUCUUGGACAAAUUUAUACAGGUCUAUGAAUAGAAGAAGAAGACGAUUUGGCUCAAAUUCAGAUAGCAGCAACGAAUCCGGUGAAAGACGUUGGGGGAUCUACAAUAGAUAUAAUCGUCGCGGAAGAUUCGGUAGCGAUUCUAAUGAAAGGUGGGGCUCAGGAGAAAGAAGACGAGGAAUUUUCAAUCGAUCUUAUUUCGGACGACGAUGGAGAGACAGUUCAGAGGAGAAUUCUGGGGAAAGAUUCAGAUCUCCAUAUUAUCCAUAUAGGUAUCGAAGACGCGGUUCCGGUUCCAACGAACGAUUUGGAAGAUGGUCUAGAUACAGGAAUCCGUAUUACAGAGAUGAUUCGGAUGAAAGGGAUGGGCUGUACAGGAAUAGAUUCAGAAAUUAUCGAAAUGUCAUUUCUAGACUGAACUCGCGUAAUUCAUUUAAUUCUCCAUAUUACAGAAGGUAUAAUCCUAACAGACUGUCCUUAUUUGGGGGCAACUGGAACAGGUACCGGUGGUAAUUCUGUUUAACAUUUCCUGCCUGAUUUUGGGCAUUUUCAUGAAACACUGUGUAAUUCACAAUUCAUAAUUUUUAGAAACGAUGUAAUCUAAAUUUUUGAAGAAAAUGUGAUUUUAGCUUGAAUA